AUGAAUGAACGUGUGUCACGCGGAGGUUACAGCCUCAUAAGGGCUCAGUUAGAACACAAGGAAGUACGUGCGCUGCUCAGGAAGAUAUUUUUAAUAAGGAUCUCAUUCCGCUGCGUUGCUGUCAAAACCUACAUCAUCAUCUCUGAUAAUGUCAGUGAUUGCAGAGUUCACCGAUCUCAUAAGCGUCAUGUCUACCUGUCAAUCAACAACUUUCCGGGUCGCCAUGCCCCUGGCCCCAGCGGCCCAACCAACUUGGACCUCCCAUGGAUCAACCCACCUCCCCACCAUCCCCAUGCCCUGGCAUCCCAACCCACCUCCCAACUGUCUCCAUGCAUCAGCGGCCCAACUCACCUCCCCACUAUCCCUGCCACCCAGUGGCCCAACACACCUCCCCACCAUCCACACGCACUGACAGCCCAACGUCCCACCCCAUCUGCCCAACCAACAUCCAUCACCAUGCCACCCAAUAUGGCCCAACCCACACCACCAAAGUCAUCCCCCACCUACCCAACCAGCCUCCUCACCGUCGCACCCACUCUGUCCCAACUUGCCUCCCACCACCCCGCACCACCGCUACCCAACCUGCCUCGUGAUGGUCCUCAUGCCCCGGCUGACCAACCAGCCUCCCCACCAUCCCUGUGUCCCAGCUGCCCAACCAGCCUGCCCACCAUCCCUGUGUCCCAGCUGCCCAACCAGCCUCCCCACCAUCCCUGUGUCCCAGCAGCCCAACCAGCCUCCCCACCAUCCCUGCACUCUGGCUGCCCAACCAUCGUCCCCACCAUCCCUACACCCCAGUUGCCCAACCAGCCUGCCCAUCAUCCCUGUGCGCUGGCUGCCCAACCAGCCUCCCCACCAUCCCUGCUCCCCAGCUGCCCAACCAUCCUCCCCACUAUCCCUGCACCCAAGCGGCCCAACCAUCCUCCCCACUAUCCCUGCGCCACAGCAGCCCAACCUACCUCCCAACCAUCCCUGCUCCCAAGCUGCCCAAGCAGCCUUUCCACCAUCCCAGUGCCCAAGUUGCCCAUCCGUCCCGGGACCGUGGCGAACCACACCCACCCAUCCCAGGAUCCGUGGCGGACCUCACCCGCCAGUCCUGGGACCCGUGGCAGGCCUUGCCCACCUGUCCUGGGACCAGUGGUGGGUGCCACCCGCCUGUCUCGGGACCAGUGGCGGGCGCCGCCUACCUGUCCUGGGACCCGUGGUGGGCCAUGCCUGCCUGUCCCAGGACCAGUGGCGGGCCUUGCCCGCCCGUCCCAGGACACAUGGUGGGCCACGCCCGCCUGUCCCAGGAGACCAGUGGCGGGCCACGCCCACCCAUCCCAGGACCAGUGGCGGGCCACGCCCACCCAUCCCAGGACCCGUGGUGGACCUCACCCACCCUGUCCCAGGACAGGUGGCUGGGACAGGUGGGUGAGUUCCACCACCCAUCCCAGGACCAGUGGUGGGCCUUGCCCGCCCGUCCCGGGACCCGUGGUGGACCUCACCCACCUGUCCCAGGACACGUGGCUGGCCUUGCUCGCCCAUCCCAGGGCCAGUGGCUGA